AUGCAAAGCUCGGCCGACUACCCGGUGGUGCCCAUGGGGCGUAUGCCGAUUAGCAAUGCCUUCAACGGGCAUCCGAGGAGGCGUAUGCCCCACGAAGGAGCAAAGCUAAAAGCGAAGGAAGAUGAGAGGAAGAAGCCGACCUUGAAGGAGUUUUGGGGGGUUACUCCGCUCGAUAUCCUCGGGAACGUUUGCACUGACAACGUACCGACCCCCGUGAGGUUCCUACAGAAAUUUAUUGGCAGAUCCAGUGCUGAUGCCACAGAGAAUCAAACUCUACAGUCUCAGCGUGAAGCGGUAGAGAUGCAAGCACAUCAAGAAGCUGAACAGAGUAACCCGCAACAAACGAACGCUUCGCUGCACUCUCGGACAAACGUUUUCUCGCAGCCCCAGCCUCAGCUAGUAGACGCAAGGACAAAUCUUGAAAGGUACAUGGAUAUGAAGAUGCAAGAAGCAAGAGCCCAUAUGCAGUUCUGCCCGAUGGGUGGGCCGACUUCUCUUUAUACUUCGCGUGAGGCCUACCCCAACCGUAUGUACAACAGAGUGCCUCCGUUCUGUUCGCCACCUCCGCCUACAGACCCUUCUUAUCAAGAGGGCCUAGAAGGCUGUUGGGAUGCUCAGGGCACUACUCAGCAACUUAAUUCGCAGGACAGCUUACAGACCCCCCCAGCCUACUUUUACCAGCAGCAUUACCAACAACAUCUGCACCAGCAUCAGCAAGGGGAAGAGGUGACCACAGAUGCGCAUGGGAAUACGCCGCCAGCAAUGGACAGUCGAGAAUCCUCACGACAGGCGCAUCUCCCCGAAUCCUUGCAGUUUGGUUCGCCCCCAAAUUGGUUGCAACACAAGUCGUACAUGCCGCAGGUACCCCAGUAUUCUCACAUGACAGCCCCCGUACCAGGAGCCCCAUUCCAUCCUGGGUUCAGCUAUGCCACAGAUUUCAAGUACUACUAUAAUUACUACCCUGCGGACCAGUAUGCAGGAGAAAUUGACGGAGGGGAUGCCACAGCACAGGAGGAGGCUGUCGCACGAGAGCAGGAGCAUGCAGAACAAAUAGUCGGUCGGCAGGAAUCAAGAGAGCAGUCCACCUUGCAGCCCAUCAUUACUUCAAAGAGACGCCUAGAAUCGGGUAAAGCAGUCCCUCUAUAA